CGAAAAAGACUCAGUUGGAACAACAGCGGCGGUGACAUAAGACAAGGCCAAGCAGCGACCUUUUUCCUUUCCGCGAUUUGUUGCCUCAUUUCGAUGAUGGCGCGUAACGUGAAUUCCGAAACGUAUACAGUGACAAAUACAAAUGGCCGGGGAUCACCAUUGUUGUUGCGAUAUUUUCGUGGUAUAGACAGGCCAGUCAUACGUCAGGUUCGAAGUUUCCGUGACGAAAACGUUCGCUAUCGCUUCUUAAAGUGGAUUGCUUUAUCCAUCAGCACCGUUUCUGUGGUAGCUGGAGGCCUCGGUGUAGGGACGACUCUAUGGGCCCUGUCAAAGACGACUUAUCUUCAGAUCGUAAGAUCAAGCAGUGCUGGAGUCUACUUGCUGAUGGUCUCCGUGGCUUUGUUGCUCCUAACAGGAGUCGUUGGGUUUACCGGGGUUUUACGGCACAACAAAUCCAUAAUGGGAAGUUUUAUUGUCUUAUUGUUUGCCUCACUGGUAUUCUUUUUGGUUGGCGGGAUCUGGACGUACAUAACAGCUACCCAGACAGAUCAGCUGUCGUUGCAAAGAGUAGCCCAAAUCGUUCGGUACGACUAUGGGAAAGAUUCUAGCAAAACGGCCCUUCUUGAUAUCGUUCAACAAUCAUUCCGAUGUUGCGGUUCCACCAACUUUUUGAGCUGGACGACAUCGUCUUACAGUUUAAAUCAAACGGAAACCAAUUUUCGAAGCGAUUCAGGAGUUAGACUCACAUUCACCGUACCAAAAUCGUGUUGUAUCGAACCGGCGAGUCAGGAUUGCCAGGAUCAUCGCCAUAUGAAAUCUGAUACAACAGCCAAUAAAUACAUCUAUACCAAGCUGAGCAGCCAAAACUUAACAUUUCUAUUAGGUGUUACUAAAAUAGUUUCAGAAAUGGCAAGCAUAUUUUGUUGUUUUAGAGGCUGCGCCAGUUUCCUUGAUCUAGGAUUUGCGACUCCUGCAGUACCUAUAAAGAAACAGCCUACAAUAGCCUUAGAUCAACAACAAAUUGGUCAAGAAGUGGUGCUAGUAAAAGAUGGAUCAAGAAUAUGUGGUACUGGUGGGGCACUUGGAAAUACAGCUAUAAUGCAAGACAAGGCUUACUUUGAAGUGAGACUGCAACAGUCAGGUAUCUGGGGUAUUGGGCUUGGUUCCGAAAAAGCAGAUCUGAACACUGUUCCAAUGGGAAAUGACACAGAUUCUUGGGUUAUGUGUUCAGAUGGUUACCUUCGUCACAACAAGGAAGAAACGCAUCAUAUUACACAGUUGCCACAAGAAGGAGACACUAUAGGUGUUAGUUACAAUCACAUUGAACUAAACUUCUACUUGAAUGGUCAAAAAUUGGAUUGUCCAUUCACUAAUGUAAGAGGACAAGUGUAUCCUGCAGUUUAUGUUGACGACGGAGCCGUUUUGGACGUUGUUUUUGAUAACUUUGUGCACGAUCCUCCACCCGGCUUUGAUAAAAUUAUGUUGGAACAAUCUCUUUUGGAAACAUAGGAAAGUAAAUUUAUUAAUGCCAAAUGUCGAUCUUCACGUCAAGGCUCAUUGAUCUUAUCUGAUGUUCAUUCCGUCAUCUGGUUGGCUACACGUUCUUUAGUAACUCAACUUCCUUAGCUAGGGAUGUUACUUGAUUUUGCAGCUCACGUACUUGAUCCCGCAAUGCAUAUACUGUAUCGACUAAACUCCUGUAUGUCAAAGAUAAACAAAAAAGUUAAUUUUAAUUGUAUGAUUGUUUCCCCUAUCUACGAGUCUAAUUUAGCUUUAUAUUUCAGCCACCAUAAAUAACCUGUUUUCUGUUGCUAAAAAAUAAAACGUACCUCUCCUCCAUGA